AUGUCUUCGAAGCCUUUCAAACCACUAACGCUUCGAAAACCUCUCACGAGCGAUGAUUGCGGCGAUGUGAUGCACCCACCGAUCAAGCGAAGAAAGCUCAGUCCUCCAGACGACUCUCACACUGCGGCCACGUAUCGGCAGACUGCGCUUACCAAUAAAGACGUACACUCCCACAAUAACUCCGAGAGAGCAGCGCUCAGAGACAUUCGCAAUCUCUCGGAUCCCGUUGAGAAGCAGGAGAAGCCGAACUCGGAUGGAUUUGCGAGUUACUACUCGGUAUUAUGGCGUGCUCCCACAAACAAGAAAAAUAAGACCUGGACAGAUGAUGGACAGCUUGCAGUCGCCGGUGGUUAUGCAACGCUAUACAACAAGUCAGGGAAGAUCAUAGGCCGCACCGCAUUCUCCGCUCCCUUGUUGCCCGGUUCGGCUUUGUCCAUUGGCGGUAAGGAGGUUGAGGUCGACUCGUGCAUCACCAAGAAUGACCAUGUUUCGAUCAUCAAACCUGCUCCCGCUGCCACCAAAGUUGUGGACAGUUCGAUCUCCAAACCUCUAUUCACAGCACCCUUGAUGUCUCAGCCACGUAAGCAGAGCAUGAAGGCACAGAUGAGGGCGCUGAUUCAGAAUGAGAAGACGGAGAGCCAAAAGAAUGGCAAUCCACAACCUAGCCGUGUUGCUGCGUUUCGGCAACCACUGAAAGAGUCCACCAUCCUCCCGCAGGGGCCCUCUGAAACUCCUAUUCCGCGCCACGAUCCCAAGGCGAAUGGCGCGCUUGUCUUCAAGAGGCCGAAGAAUCCACCUCAAGGGCGCCAGACUGUCGAUGUUGUAUUAGAUCCGCUAAUUGGCAGGCUUCUACGUCCGCAUCAGAGAGAAGGGGUCAAGUUCCUCUACGAAUGCGUGAUGGGACUGCGGUCUUUCGACGGGCAGGGCUGUAUCCUUGCUGAUGACAUGGGGCUAGGCAAGACCUUGACGACAAUUGCUCUGUUGUGGACGCUACUUCGGCAGUCUCCAGUAUAUAGGGGUGCACCUGUCAUCAAAAAGGCCCUUAUCGUUUGUCCCGUUUCUCUGAUUCGCAACUGGAAGCGCGAAUUCAAGAAGUGGCUGGGCCUGGACCGGCUCGGAGUGCUCGAGUUCGAAGAUCAAACUACUCGACUGAGCGACUUUGACGGCAGAGUCUAUCAGGUCAUGAUCAUCGGUUAUGAGAGGCUGAGGAUAGUUGCCGAUGAUCUCGCAAAGGGCCAACCCAUCGACAUUGUCAUCUGCGAUGAGGGCCAUCGCCUCAAAACCAUGAAGAACAAGAAUGCUCAAGCUAUCGAAUCACUCAACACUCGCAGGAGGGUUAUUUUGUCCGGAACGCCCAUCCAGAACGAUCUCGGGGAGUUCUUCGCCAUGGUCAACUUCGUCAAUGAUGGCUGUCUAGGCUCGCAAAAGGGGUUCAUUAGGGACUUCGAGAAGCCUAUCAUAAGAAGCCGGCAGCCCGACGCGUCUGAAGAGGAGAUUGAGCGUGGACAGGAAGCGAGUGAAGAACUUGCUCGCACGACGUCGCCUUUCAUCCUCCGCAGGACAGCAGACAUCUUGUCGGAGUUCUUGCCGCCCAAGACCGAAUACGUGCUCUUUUGCAAACCGACACAAGGGCAGGCAAAGAUCUACCGAAACAUUCUGAAAUCUCCCAUGUUCCACAGCGCUCUUCGAAGCAACGAGAGUGCGUUCCAGUUGAUCACUAUCUUGAAGAAGCUAUGCAACAGUCCUGCCCUGAUGGACCCUAAAUUUGGCAAUGACGACUCCACACCUUCCUCGUCGCUCAAGACAUUGAACGAGAUGCUUCCCGAAGGUCUGUCUAAGUUGUACCACAACUCUCUUUCGUGCAAGAUUCGCCUGCUCGACGAACUCCUGCAGCAGAUACGGCAUAACACAGAUGAGAAGGUGGUGGUGAUCUCGAACUACACUUCGACCUUGAAUUUGAUCGAGCAAUUAUUGGUCAAUUCCAACCUACCCCAUCUGCGCCUCGAUGGGUCCAUUGCAGCGAAGAAAAGACAGGGCCUUGUCGAUCAAUUCAAUCAGUCCAAGUCCACGGAGUCGUUCGCUUUCUUGUUGAGCGCAAAGGCGGGUGGUGUGGGCCUCAACUUGAUCGGUGCAAGCCGACUUGUGCUCUUCGAUGUCGACUGGAAUCCGGCAACGGACGAUCAAGCUGUCGCACGUAUACACCGACAAGGCCAGAAGCGACACUGUAAAAUCUACAGGUUUCUUGUGAAAGGCGGCAUAGAGGAGAGAAUCUGGCAACGCCAAGUAGUCAAAAGGGCAUUGGCCGACAGUAUCAUGCAAGGAAAAUCUGCUGGCUCGGCCGGACGUCUUGAAGGAGGCGGGAAGGGCCAGACCGCAACAUUCAGCCAAGACGAGUUGAAAGAUUUGUUCCGUCUCGACGAAAGCGAUGGAUUGCGCACGCAUGACCUGAUACAAUGUCCUUGCGACGGAACAGGACCCAAAGACGAGACGGUAGAAGACUUUAUGGGCGAUGGGCAAAUACUCGUCGAUGAUCAACAAUCGAAUGCUACUGUUGGAGAUUCCGAGGACGAGUUUCCAGACAUUGCUGAGUUCGCGAAAGAAGGUGUCAUCAAGUCGGAGACAUUGACAAAGACCGAGCGUGAAGCGGAGUGUGAGGAGCUGAUGAGAUAUAUGCACCUGGAUAUGUCGGUUCUCUCCAAGACAGAAAAGGAGGGGAGUGUUGUCAAUGGGGUCGCGUCUGCCAUUGGUGAUGCUUGCCUGGAACAUGUCGUCCGGCUCGAGGCAGACAUGGUAGGAGGCGGUGGCGUCUCCUACGUUUUCAAGAGGACUGAGGGCAGUCAACUGCUUGAACAGACUGGAAAGGCACCCAUAAACUCAUACUGA